AUUGGCCCCUCUGACCUUUCAGAGAAGGACAAGCUCCCACCUAUCCCUGAUCAGCUGGAGCCGGUGGCCAAAGCAGCGUGGGUUGGGCCACUUGCCCCCGCACACUUCUGGGGACAGGCCUGUCCUAGUGAUGCUGGGGAGGUUCUCCAAAGGUUAUGCCACUCUCCAGGUUUGCUGGGUGCCUGCCGGUGAAAGAGAAGGGUUGAUAUUUUGCCCAGGCCCUUAGGUCCUGAACCAAAAUGGCAGCUGGAGAGUCCCCUCCCGUAGGAGAUGUCUUCAUCGACUUGCAGCAGGGCAGAGAUCACGCAGAGAAAGCCUCUCCUGGUGCCGAGGACGAUGAGGACUUGGAUAAGACUUUGUCAAUCGAGAGAUUUGGGGACCUGAUAAGCAAGUCAGCAUCAAGCAAUCUGGAGAAGCAAAGUCGCAGCUACAGUGAGAGAGAUUUUGAAUUCCACCGCCAAACCUCGCACCACAUCCAUCAUCCCCUUUCCACUCACCUCCCUUCUGCCCUCAAGUUCCAAAAGAGGCCACCCCGUGCCAGCAGGAGGAAAAAAAGGAGGAGGAAAAAGAAGAAGACCUCAAUACCCCCCUCAGAGGUCACCCCCACCAUCCAGGAAGUGGACGAGGAGGGAGGAGAAGAGGAGGAAGAAGAGGAAGAAGAAGAAGAGGAAGAAGGAGAAUCUGAGGCAGAGGAGGUCCAGGAGAAAGAAAUCUCUGCAGAGUCUGAGGCCGAAGCUUGUGGGAAGGACACAUCCCCUAAGCUGGAGUCCCCAAGCAAACCAAAGUUCACCGUCGGCAGCGAUGAGGAGGAGUCCAGCAGCGCCCUGGCUCCCACGCAGUUCCACGUGGAGGAGGAGUGUGGCAUCCUGUCCCCCAUGCCUCGCUUUGCUGACCUGCUGCAGGACAAGGGCCCCGCCUCUCUCCACAGCCCCCCUGGGCCUCGAGAGCGUCUGUCACGUGGGUGGGAGAAGCGCAAAGCCUGGGGGCAGGUGGCGAGUGGACAACGGGUUACCUAUGACUUGAAGGAGAGGAUGUGCAUCGGCAGCAUGACCACCCUGGAGAGCGCGGCGUACCAGCGCGUCCCCACGGACGAGGCCGAGGCCCAGAUGCUGGCGUCUGCUGACCUGGACGGCAUGAAAAGCCACCGCUUUGAAGAUAACCCAGGUGUGAGGAGGCAUCUGAUGAAAAAACCAUCUCGGAGUCAGAUCACCAGGACAAGCAAAAAAUUAGCAUCAACUCCCUCUGUCAAGAAAAAGAAGAAGAAGAAGAAGUUGGAUAGAAAGCCCCACGAGGUGUUUGUGGAGCUGAAUGAGCUGGUGGUGGAUAAGAACCAGGAGAUGCACUGGAGAGAGACAGCCCGCUGGAUCAAGUUUGAGGAGGAUGUGGAGGAGGAUACAGCAAGGUGGGGGAAACCUCACGUGGCUUCACUGUCCUUCCGCAGUCUGCUGGAGCUCAGGAAGACUAUUGCCCACGGUGCCGUCCUCCUUGACUUGGAGCAGACCACUCUGCCUGGCAUUGCUCACCUCAUGGUGGAGACCAUGAUCAUCUCUGACCAGAUCAGAGCAGAAGAUCGAGCCAACGUGCUGCGUGCCCUGCUGCUGAAGCACAGCCAUCCCAAUGAUGAGAAAGAGGGCUUCUUCCCGAGGAACCACUCCAGCUCCAGCAUGAACUCCAUCGUGGGAAACCACCAUCACAACCACACCACAGACACUUGCGUGCCCCUCAUGGGGGAAGAACGCAUUGAGAUGGCCGACCCCAAGGCCAACGAGACCGAGUGCAAGGAGAAAAACCCGCAUCUCCAUAACUCUGAGGGCCAUCGUAAAUACUUGAAGCUGAUGGAGAAGAUCCCUGAAGAUGCAGAGGCCACAGUGGUCCUUGUGGGUUGUGUGCAGUUUCUGGAGCAGCCAACCAUGGCCUUCGUCCGACUAAAUGAGGCUGUCUUCCUGGAAUCUGUCUUGGAGGUCCCAAUUCCUGUCAGAUUCAUCUUUGUGCUGCUGGGACCUAGCCAGGCCAACAUGGACUACCACGAAAUUGGCCGCUCAAUCUCCACCCUCAUGUCCGACAAGCACUUCCACGAGGCUGCAUACAUGGCAGAUGAUCGUCAAGACCUCCUCAAUGCAAUCAACGAGUUCUUGGACUGCAGCAUUGUCAUCCCCCCAUCAGAGGUGGAGGGGAAAGACUUGCUCAAAUCCAUUGCCACCUUCCAGAAGUUGCUGCUGAAGAAGAGGAAGGAAAGGGAGCAGAAGUCCAUGAAGGAGGGGACUGCUCAGGAAGCCAAAGAGCUGUGUGAAGUGAAAGCUGAGGAAGAAGAGGAGGAAGCUGAGGACGACCCUUUGAAGCGAACCGGGAUAUUUUUUGGAGGUCUGGUUCGGGACAUAAAGCGCAGGUACCCCAAAUACCUCAGUGACAUCAGAGACGCCUUGCACAGCCAGUGUCUCGCAGCCGUUCUCUUCAUCUACUUUGCUGCUCUCUCUCCUGCCAUCACCUUCGGGGGACUCCUAGGAGAGAAAACAGAGGGUCUCAUGGGGGUCUCCGAGCUGAUAAUCUCCACCUCAGUUUUAGGGAUCCUCUUCUCCCUGCUUGGAGCCCAGCCACUCCUGGUCAUUGGCUUCUCAGGGCCUCUGCUGGUGUUUGAAGAAGCUUUUUACAAGUUCUGCCAGACUCAAGGCAUUGAGUAUCUGACAGGCAGAGUGUGGAUUGGUUUGUGGCUCAUCGUCUUCAUCUUCAUUAUUGUGGCAGCUGAAGGAAGCUUCUUGGUGCGCUACAUCUCGCCCUUCACCCAGGAGAUCUUUGCUUUCCUCAUCUCCCUCAUCUUUAUCUAUGAGACCUUCUACAAACUGUACAAGGUGUUUGCAGAACAUCCUUUGCUGAAGUUCUACCCACCAGACGUGCAGAGCAGCCUGAAUGCCAGCAUGCUCUCUACAGAUGCAAUGUCACUGGGAACCAGGAUGCAGCCCAACACUGCUCUGCUCUCCCUCAUCCUCAUGCUGGGCACUUUCUUCAUUGCCUUCUUUAUGCGCAAGUUCAAGAACAGCCGCUUCCUAGGAGGAAAGGCACGGCGGAUCAUCGGAGACUUCGGGAUCCCCAUCUCCAUCCUGGUUAUGGUGCUGGUGGAUUACACCAUCACUGACACCUACACACAGAAGCUGAAUGUCCCCUCUGGCCUGUCGGUCACAUCCCCUCACAAGCGUGGCUGGUUCAUCCACCCCAUGGGCAGUAGUGGGACCUUUCCGCUGUGGAUGAUGUUUGCCUCUGCCAUCCCUGCCCUCCUGGUCUUCAUUCUUAUCUUCAUGGAAACACAGAUCACUACGCUGAUUGUUAGCAAGAAGGAGAGGAAGUUGCUGAAAGGCUCUGGCUUCCACCUGGACCUUCUGCUCAUUGGCACAAUGGGGGGGCUUUGUGCUCUCUUUGGGCUGCCCUGGCUGACGGCAGCGACAGUGCGCUCCGUCACCCACGUCAACGCCCUGACCGUCAUGAGCAAGGCCAUCGCACCCGGGGAGAAGCCCAGGAUCGAGGAGGUGAAGGAGCAGCGUGUGACCGGAGUGCUUAUUGCUGCCCUUGUCGGUCUGUCCAUUGUGAUGGGGAACAUGCUGCGGCAGAUCCCGCUGGCUGUGCUCUUCGGCAUCUUCCUCUACAUGGGGGUUACAUCGCUCACUGGCAUCCAGCUCUACGAGCGCCUGCUCCUGAUCUUCAUGCCGUCCAAGCACCACCCUGACCACAUCUACGUUGUCAAGGUGAAGACCUGGAGAAUGAAUCUCUUCACCUGCAUUCAACUGGCCUGCAUUGUGCUGCUCUGGGUGGUGAAAUCUACGGUGGCAUCACUGGCCUUCCCCUUUGUCCUGAUCAUGACAGUGCCACUGCGACGCUUCGUGCUGCCCCACUUCUUCCACGACAGGGAGCUCAAAGCGUUGGACUCGGAGGAUGCGGAGCCAAAUUUCGACGAGGAUGGCCGGGAUGAAUACAAUGAGCUGCACAUGCCUGUGUGAGCUGGGAGCUGCCCUCCCCACUCAUGGGACAGGCAGCUCACACCUGCUCACCCCUCCCAAGGACUAACUGGAGACUUGCCAUGAGUCACACAAUCUCUUGCCUGGACCAAUGAAUGGCUGUUCCAUAGCCCUGCAGGAUGCUGUCCCGGCUCUGGCUGCCCCAUCGCUCGCUCAGUAGAGGCUGUGAGUCUCUCUCCUCUUGGACCUGGUGGGCUGAGAGAUGCCUCUCACAUCCCAAAGCUGUGUGGGUCCUGAGUGCCCAUGGGUCAGGGGUUUGUCCCCUCCCUGCUGGAGGCAGCCUGUGCCUGAUCUCCAGGUGGUGAAGGGGAACCAUGCCAGCUGGUGCCACUGCAUUCCCCUCCACUACCAUGAAGCUUGGGUAUGUCAGCACGUGACACUGAGCACUCACAGGAAUGGGCUGGAAGCUGCCUCUUCUCCCAGGCCAGCAAUCUCCUUACUCAUCUGGCAGAUGCCUUGCUCCUCCCCUCUGCCCCCUUCUAGGAGUGCUCACACUGGGCCUCUGCCACAGCAAGUGGCCCAUGGGGCUGCUGCAGCCUGGCAGACAGGCAAAGAGGGACUGGCACCCUGGCCCAGUCCUCCAGACCGGCUUCUGUCCAGUCACCUUCCCACAUGACUGUUUUCAGCUCUUUCUUGACAUGGAAGAGGCUGUUUGUCUCCUCUCAAUUUUCCGAACCUUAUUUCCAAAGGCAAACUGCACAGGGAGGGGAGGCUGGAGACAAGCAGGUAUCCUGAAGCCUUGAAUGCUUGCCCUCUUGCAGGAACUAAGAGGAGUCCUCUGCCAUUCUGCACCUCCACAGAGGCUGCAGGAGUAAACACUGACCACAGGGCUGUAUCCCAGUCCCUGAUCCCCAUAUUCCUGUCCCUGAGAACAAGAAGAAACCAUAUUUAAGAAGCUAUACAAGAAAUGUAGUGCUGGAGCACAAAACAGUCCUUUGGGUCCCCUCCCUUUCCCUGUGCAGUGAUCCACUGAGUCUGGCUCCCUGCAAGCCUACAAGGAAGUCACUGAAACCCCCACCCCAGUUUUGCUGCCAUACUGAGAUGCCUUUCACAUCCAGCAGUCCCCUCCAGAUGGGAAGGAGCAGCAUUCAGGGUGCCCAGCACUCAGCCCCCAUCACCUCUGGGCAGCUCCACAGAAUGGGUUGGGUUGGAAGGGACCACAGUGGGUCAUCUGGUCCAACCUCCCUGCCCAAGCAGAGUCAUCCCAGAGCACAUGGCACAGGAUUGUAUCCGGACAGUUCUGCAAUAUCUCCGGUGAGGGAGACUCCACAACCUUUCUGGGCAACCUGUUCCAAUGCUAGUCACUCUCACAGUAAAGUUCUUCCUCUUGUUCAGGUGGGCUUGCUGUGCAUCACACCUUUCCACCUGACAGAGCUAUUCCUGGGGUCUGCCCGAGCUGGCAGCCUUUGUUCAGAGCUGGCCCAGAAACUGUUUGAUGGUGCCCUUGCUGCCCCUGGAAACUCCAAGGGUAGUGCCAGAAGAGAAAGGCAUCCCAGCCUCUUCCUGAUGGUCAGAGCUAGACUGGUCUUCCGGAAGAAGCUGGGAUGCUCGCUUCACCAUUGGAUUUGGGAGAAGAUGCUGCCCCCAUUCCCACUUAUCCAGCCUGGCUCCUGAGAGAGAUGGUGGGUGCUUCAUUACCAGGAGGGUCCAAUGCCUUCCUUGGGAGGCUGCAGAAAUAUCCCAUCAGAGAAAGAAGCCUCCCCCGCAGCAGGUCCUACCCACAGCCUGGUCCCCCCGCAGGGCCUGGGGCGGAGAGACAAGUGUCUCUGUGUGUCUGUGGCUGUGUGUGUCCUGUCCUCCCUGUGUAGUGUAGGACGCCUGUUGUUUCUGUGCAUUGUGACUCCUCUGACUGUAGUGGAAACAGCUACACCAAUAAACUCUUCACAGGAACUGUG